AUGCUGACGCUCAAGCUUCAGCUCGAUUAUGUUCUGACAAGGAACAUCCUUGUGUCAGAUAUCUGUAAAUGCAGAGCUUUUCGAGAUGUCACAUUCAAUGCCGACCACAGCCCAGUUCUCCUCAUCUUUAUUGUUGCUCAAGAGGAACUGAAGAGUUUCACCUUGACUAAACUCCACACGGUAGGUCUGAAAGACGAAGAAUGCAGAACAAAGUUCCGCCAACGUAUGCCUAUUCAUGUUGGAGUACGGACCAGGAGAAAGGUUUGCGACGCUGAUUCCUCCGCAAAGUGCAUCCAGGACGAUAGAGGGAAACACUUCCAGUUCAGAUGUUGCGGAAGGGAGCUGCUCAGCGAUUUCAACCAGAAAAGCGCCUGUAAAGAGCUAGCAGUUCAGCAAGGACGUUCAUGGACCGACAUUUGCGGUCAGCGAGGAACCACCAACCGAGUUGUAGGUUCCGGUCAGUAUCCAAAAGAUGAGAAAUGGAAAAUCUGGCCUAAGAUAUGUCACAAUGAAGAGCUUUACACGGAAAUCGACGUGAUAUAUCUGCGGAUGACAAAAAGAUAUCAACAUCUUGCACCGCCAUCAAAAGUGGCUACCGAAAAUCGUCUUUGCUUCAUUGGUCACAUAUUAAGGAGACUAGUAGAUCCUCCUGUUCAACGAGUUCUGAGGAGUUUGUUGGCUUCGAGCUGGGAGACACAUCCUGGCCGAAAACGGAAAUUUUGGACUGAAAUGGUGAACGAGGACCAGAGGACACUCGGCGUGGAUACGCAGUUCACUUGGAACGUUUCACAAGAUAUGCAAUAG